GGCAUACGAUUGCAGCUCGCUCCUUCUCCCCUGCAGAGUAUUCCAUCGUGUGCCUGCGCCACUCAUUCCUCUGAUGACGGGUGGGUGUGUGGGCACGCUCCGAUUUGGGACCAUUCCGACUAGUGCUGCUAUGAACAUCCCGGGACAUGUCUGUUGGGUGCACGCCUAGGAAAGGAAUUUCUGGGCACUCGACCCUGCUUAAACGUUGUUGAGAAGGAACUAAUAAGAAAACACGAAGCUACAAGAGAGAAAGGGUCAGUGAGAGAGUGAGGUCCCCGGGGAAGCAGGAGGCAAGAGGUGGGAGGGCUGGAGCCAGGAGCAGAGGCGGGGAAGGGCUUUUCCAUUGCAGCAGGUGGGGAGGGGAGAGCAGCGUGGACCACAGGUCUGUAGUUGGGGGUGGUUAUGGGGACUCCUGUGUCGGCUGUGACUCAUCUGUGGGAAGCAGGAGGCAAGAUGUGUGCUAAGAGUGCCAUUCGGAGGGUUCGGGGUUUGAGGCAUGGGAGACGGAGGUUUGAGGUAGUCAUGGUAGAGAGUGGUCAGCAGAGGGAUGACUAGAGAACGGAUGAGACUAGUCCGUAACUAGUCCUGCAGCACUCUCUGAGGCUGUAUGCUUUUGCCACAGAACAGGUUCUUGCUGUGCAUCCCAGAGUGAAGGAGCUGGGAAACUGGUGGUUUCCGGGCUGGGCCUUGCCAAGAGGUCUGUGGCGCCACCUGCUGGACAGGAGCCACAUGAUGUGCCCUUCGUCACCCAAGUUGCUCCCCAGAUAGAGAAAUCUGGACCCCUGAAGUGACUUCAGGCUGAGCCCUGCCCCAGCCUGGCACCAGAUGCUCCCAUACCAGAACCUAGUCACAUGCUGAACCCUGAUCCAGGCCACAAGGUGACUGUAGUUCUAAUUCGAGCUCCACUGUCCAUAGAUCAGAGUCCUGGAUAGGCCAUGGGAUCCAGGGCGCCAUCCCCUAAAGGGAGGGGACCAGCGGGCAGCCUGGGUCUCAGGCCUGUGGCCAUGGCCCUAGGACCGGGCUCCCCCUACCUCGCUGAGCUCCGGCUCCUGGCGGGGUCCGCUGCCGGGAGCAGGCCUGUGCCCUAAUGGGGCAGGCUCACAGGCAGCCUCCCUGGCCCAGUGUUCUGCCCAGACCUGUUCUAGAUUCCACACCACCCUUCCCCAAGGCUGCCUCCACCUCCCACCCGCCCGGCUCCGGCCGGGCCUCCACAGACUCAGCCUGGAAAGCUGACAGGCAGGAGGGCUGGGGCGGGCACGGCGGGGCCAUGGAGCCCACAGCAGGGCCUGUGCGCUACCAGAAGCUGCUGCUCUGGGACCCAGGCCUGGAGUCUGAGGAGGAAGAGGAGGGGACAGCAGAGACACUCAUUCUCGACACUUGGAGGCCCCAGGACUCCUCUGGGAACGAGGUUGGUGGCCUGCCCGGAGCCUGGGCCCGACUAGUCGCCGCCCUGCUGCUGCUGGCCGUUGGCUUCUCCCUGGCUGUGAGGCAACUCCACACCCAGGGUGGCUCCACAGAAACCCUGGGCUCUGUGGCCCCUCCGCCCAGCGGGCAUGCCCACCACCCCGGAGUAUACCACCAUGGAGCCAUCAUCAGCCCUGCAGCCACAUGUUCCCACCUGGGCCGAGAGCUCCUUGUUGCUGGGGGCAAUGUCGUGGACGCCGGAGUUGGAGCAGCUUUGUGUCUGGCAGUGGUGCAUCCUCAUGCCACAGGGCUAGGUGCCAUGUUCUGGGGACUCUUCUACAAUAGCUCCUCAGGCAAUUCAACUGCCCUGACGUCAGGCCCAGCCCAGACCCUGGUCCCCGGCCUGGGGCUGCCCUCCGCUCUGCCUACCCUGCGCUUGCUGCACACACGCUUCGGCCGCCUGCCCUGGCCACGCCUGCUGGUGGGCCCAACCACGCUGGCUCAGGAGGGCUUCCUGGUGGACGCACCUCUGGCCAGGGCUCUGGCAGCCCAGGGCACAAAGGGCCUCUGUCCACUCCUUUGCCACACUGAUGGGAGGCCCCUGGGCCCUGGGGCCCGAGCCAUCAACCCCAAACUGGCAGCUGUACUACGCAGGGCAGCCCUCGCCCCCACCCCAGACCUUGCUGGGGAGGCCCUACUGGGUCUGCUGGCCAGAGACCUGGGGCUGGAGGGACCCUCAGCUGGGCCCAUGCCCACCUUGGAGCCAGCACUGCAGCUCCCUGUGCCCCAGGGCAUCCUGCUCACCACCCCCAGCCCCUCAGCUGGCCCAGAACUGCUGACACUGCUGCAGGCGGCCCUACACUCCAGAGGGCCCAGCUCUGACCCCUGCCCACCACUCCUUCAAGCAACGGUGACCCCCGUGAGCAGUGUCCUGGCAACUGUGGACAGCAGCGGCUCUGUGCUCCUUCUCACCUCCUCGCUCAACAGCUCCUUCGGCUCUGGACACCUGUCCCCAAGCACUGGGGUUCUACUCAGCAACCUGGUGGUGAAGUCUGCACCUAAUGUCUGGGCCUGCCCCCUCAUCCUUCAUAGCAGCCUGGAUGACACAGAGGCUGAUGUGUUGGGGCUGGUGGCUUCAGGGACCCCCGCAGUGGCCAAAGUCAUGACUCGUACCCUGCUCAGCCACCUGGCUGGGUCCCAAACCCAGGCCCAGCAAGGACCAACAGAGAGCCCCAGCAUUUGUGGCCAAGGGACCCUGCUCCAGGUGGCAGCCCAUGCAGAGCAUGCCCAUGUCUCCAGUGUCCCCCAUGACUGCUGCCCCUUCCAGGGGUUCUAAGCGGGGAGAGGUGUCUGGCAGGGGAUGGGGCGUGGGGUCUCGAGCCUGGAGGCAGUGGCAGAGCAGGCCCAGCAGCCAUGGAGCACAUAAAGAGUGUGCAUCAAUUAUGUGCUCACUGCUGGCUCAGGGCCUCGACCUCUGGCCCGGUCAGUGACCCAGACUCGAGUUCUGGCUCUUUUUUCAGCUAAGGAAACUGAGGAUGAUACGGAAAGAGCAGCAGGGCCUGGGGCCAGCUCUGAGUUUAGAUGCAGCCCUGGGACGGACAGGUGGAAGAACGCCAAGCCCCUGCCUAGGCUCUGGGCCCCAAGAGCAGGGCAGGCAGACUGCAGGCUAUUGCUGGCAUCUCCAUGCUCCCCUUCGGGCCAUCCUCUGCUGAUCUCCCUCAACUGGGCUGGAAACAAAAUAAAGAUCAAGUCUCCUGGA